AUGGCAAGUGGAACCGUACUGAAUAGUCAUCAGUGUCCCAAAUUGGACAAAGAUAAAGAGGAUAUGAAAAAGAGCUCUAAGCAAAGCGUGGUGGCCCAGUCGACCACUGAAUCAGAAUAUAUAGCGGCUUCAGAAGCUGCUAAGAAGGCUGUUUGGAUGAAAAAGUUCAUUGCUGAUCUCGGAGUUAUGCCAAGCAUACAGAAGCCUAUCGAGAUAUUUUGCGACAAUACAGGUGCAAUUGCUCAGGAAAAGGAACCAAGGUCGCAUCACAGCACGAAGCAUAUUCUCAGAAAAUUCCAUUACAUACGGGAAGUUUUGGAAAGAGGAGACAUUGUAGUAGAGAAAAUUGAUACUGAUCAGAAUCUAGCAGACCCGUUUACUAAGCCUAUACCUCAAGUGAAACACGAGAAGCAUGCAGAUAGUAUAGUUCCUGUAAGGAUUGAUGUCUCAACAAAGGACUUGAAUGCUUACGGCCUUGGUAACGUUGACUGGAAGGAACGGGUAGAAGGGUGGAAGCUAAAACAGGAGAAAAAUAUGCAAAUGACAAACAGAUAUGGCGGUGAAGGAAAAGGAGGGGACGAGAUUGAACGGAUUGGAUCAAAUGGAGAAGAAUUGCAAAUGGCUGACGAUGCUCGGCAACCAAUGAGUAGAGUGGUGCCUAUUUCAUCAGCUCAUCUGACGCCAUAUUGUAUUGUAAUAAUUUUACGGUUGAUUAUCUUGGGUUUCUUUUUGCAAUACCGUUGCAGUCAUCUAGUGAAUAAUGCUUAUCCAUUGUGGUUGAUAUCUGUUAUAUGUGAGGUCUGGUUUGCAUUGUCAUGGCUUCUUGAUCAAUUCCCAAAAUGGUUCUCUGUUGAACGUGAGACCUACCUUGACAGGCUUGCAUUGAGAUAUGACAGGGAGGGCGAACCGUCACAACUGGCACCUAUUAAUGUUUUUGUGAGUACAAUGGAUCCGCUAAAAGAACCUCCACUCAUCACAGCGAACACGGUGCUGUCGAUUCUAGCUGUGGAUUACCCUGUUGACAAAGUCUCUUGCUAUGUGUCUGAUGAUGGUUCCGCCAUGCUCAUGUUUGAGUCCCUCUCUGAGACUGCUGAGUUUGCAAGGAAGUGGGUCCCAUUUUGCAAGAAGCAUAGCCUUGAACCCAAAACACCCGAGUACUAUUUUGCUCAGAAGAUAGAUUACUUGAAGGACAAGAUUCAGCCUUCUUUUGUCAAGGAACGUAGAGCAAUGAAGAGAGAGUAUGAAGAAUUUAAGGUGCGGAUUAAUGCUCUUGUAGCGAAAGCACAAAAGAUGCCGGAAGAAGGGGAUUCACCAAGUUCAGCCGUACUGAUUAUUUGCAGUGGAAAUCUGAAAAUCGUAUCGUCUCUGAUGGUGUUAACGCCAAACCUUUUAGUGAGUUUAGUGUUCUGCUUAGUUGAGGCUUGAAAAACCAUCUUAACUGAUCAUCGAAUUACUUACAUCAAUAACAUUUUUUUGUUUCAUUGGAAUCUUACCAACCAGGUUAGGUGACACCCUUUUCUAUUGAAUUAACUAAUUAGAUAAUGUAUUCAAGUUUCAUACAGGUUAUGUGUAACAGAAUGAAUAAAACUGAUAAUGUAUUCAUGUA